AUGCCCAUCACAAAGCCCUAUACGGCAUCUCCCUAUGGUUCUACAACCUCACUUCACGGACAACAUUUGCGAGAGAGCAUCAAUCAAGAUAAUGUCUAUUCCGAGAUGAGCCAAAUCGAAGAGCUCCAGGGGGUGCGCCGAUCUACCAAACGAAACAGUCGAAGAUUCUCAUCUAUGCCUAUGGGCGAUGCAGUACCUCAACGACGCUCAAUGGGCCUAGGAGUCCGCCGCUAUCCGACACGAAAAAUUAAAUUGGGCCAAGAUAAUGUGCUCAGUGCAGACUACCCGGUCCCCAGCGCAAUUCAAAAUGCGAUACAAUCAGAGUAUCGCGACUCUAAGGAGUUUUCUGAAGAAUUCUCUCACCUUCGCUACACCGCGGCAACAUGCGAUCCCGACGAAUUCGUUAUGCGAAACGGAUAUAACCUUCGACCAUCUAUGUAUAACCGACACACAGAAUUGUUGAUCGCCAUAACCUAUCAUAGUGAAAACAAGGUUCUCACAGCGCGAACUUUGCAUGCGGUUAUGCAGAAUAUUCGCGAUAUCACCAAAAUCAAGAAGACAGAAUUCUGGGAUAAAGGUGGACCGACAUGGCAGAAGAUUGUGGUCUCUUUGGUUUUCGAUGGAUUCGACCCUUGCGACAAGAAUGUUCUCGAUGUAUUGGCGACCAUUGGCAUCUACCAAGAGGGCAUCAUGAAGCGAUCCAUCGAUGGCAAGGAUGUUGAAGCUCAUAUAUUUGAGUACACAACACAGCUUUCGGUCACUCCAAAUCAGCAACUAGUACGACCCAACGGUGACGACUCUGCUAAUCUCCCACCAGUUCAGAUGAUCCUCUGCUUGAAACAAAAAAGCAGCAACAAGAUCAACUCGCACCGCUGGAUCUUCAACGCAAUCGGUCGCUUAAUCAAUCCGGAGGUAGUCAUUCUUCUUGACGCCGGUACCAAGCCUAGCAGGAGAUCUUUUCUUGCGCUAUGGCAGUCCUUUUACAACAACGAGAACCUUGGUGGAGCUUGCGGCGAAGUUCGCGCCCUCCGCCAUAAGCGCAACAUAAUCAACCCCUUUGUUGCUGCCCAAGACUUCCAGUACAUGGAGUCCAACAUUCUCGACAAGCCUUUAGAGAGUGUAUUUGGACACGUGAGCGCGAGUGCUUUUUCCGCCUACCGAUAUCGAGCCAUCAUGGGCCGACCUCUGGAGCAAUAUCUACACGGUGAUCCGACUCUAGCGAAGCAGCUCGGCAAAAAAGGUAUCGAAGGGAUGAAUAUUUUCAAGAAAAACAUGUUCUUGGCAGGUGAUCGGAUUCUGUCUUUUGAAUUGAUCGCCAAGGCCGGGUUUAAGUGGCAAUUGACCUUUGUCAAAGCCUCAAUAGCUGAAACUGAAGUCGCAGAUGAUUAUGCAGAGUUCAUUAACUUUCAACGCCGAUGGCUGAAUGGCUCUUUUGCUGCUAAUCUUUAUGCGAUUAUUCAUUUUGCUCGGAUCUACAAAAGUCGUCACAACAUUUUCACCUUGUUGCUACUCCAUAUUCAAAUGGUGUACAAUGUUGCUCGUUUUGUACUAAAUUGGUUCUCUCUCGCUUCGUUCUGGAUAGUCAAUUGGGUCAUUCUUGACCUAGUAGGCGAUGCUUCACCCGCCAAUAAAAAUAGAGGAUGGCCAUUUGGAAAUAUAGCUACUCCAAUCGUGCAUAACUUCUUCAAAUAUGGCUAUGUUAUCUGUGUGGGGGUUCAAUUCAUUCUGUCCUUAGGGAACCGGCCACAAGGAUCCCGUCUAGCCUACACCUUUUCUUUCAUGAUAUUUGGAUUCAUCCAGUUGUAUGUUUCGGUCCUGGCAUUCUACAUGGUCGGCACAAACACAACAAGCAGUACCAUCGACUGGGCUAUGGAUGAGGACGCCAUAAUAUCAAAGCCCUGGAAUACACUAGGCUCCGACAUGAUUUUGCUCACUAUAAUUUGCACAUAUGGAACCCACUUUGUCGCAAGUCUCUUAUAUCUGGAUCCAUGGCACAUUGUCACAUCCUUCUGGGCCGCUUAUACCGGAAUGACGUGCACAUCCAACAUAUUAAUGGUAUAUUCCUUCUCCAACUGGCACGACGUUAUCUUGGGAGUGAAAGUGGCCAACACGAGCAAGUCACUGCCCGAGGCGCAAACCAAGAAGGAUGCCAAAUCAACGUUCGUUGAAGAGGAGGAGAAACCGCAAAUUGAUAUCGAUACUCUCUUUGAGACUACGGUCAAGCGAGCACUAGCCCCAUUCGUAGCUCCACCGGAUGAAGAUGAACCUAGUAUUGAUGACUCGUUCAAGGCUUUCCGGACAUGGCUUGUUGGAGCUUUUAUUUUCAGUAAUUUGCUCAUGGUGCUUUUGAUCCAAAGCCACGGCAUCAAACAGAUGUGCCUUGAUGCCGGUCCUACCAAACGGACGUUGAAUUAUGUUCUGGCCGUUGUUUGGGCGACUAUUGGACUAUAUCUGUUCCGCUUUAUUGGCUCGCUCUUCUUUUUGGCCAAGUCAUAUAUGCUCAUUUGUAUCUCAAAAAGAUAG